AUGGCUCUGGUCACAACUGCACAGUCGAUACGGUACAUGACUGCAGGACCUCCAGCUGGCGCUGGUGACUUGGAUGCUCUCAACCGUGUCCUGGCUGACCUAUGUUCUCGUGGAAUUCCCAAGGACGGGGCUGCUUUGGCGUUGAGAAGACACGUGGAGGAAGGAGCUCGUGACCUCAGCGGCGAAGCAUUUUCCCGUUUUAUGGAUCAGCUGUAUGAUCGUAUCACCAGUCUCUUGGAGAGCAAUGAUGUUUCUGAAAAUUUGGGUGCUUUGAGGGCCAUUGAUGAGCUUAUAGAUGUAGCAAUCGAGGAGAAUGCUGUGAAUGUUUCAAAGAUUGCAACUUACAUGCGAACAGCAUUCGAGGCCAAACGUGAACCUGAAACGUUGGUAGUUGCCAGUAAAGUUCUGGGGCACUUAGCCAGGGCAGGUGGAGCAAUGACAGCAGAUGAAGUGGAGCGGCUGGUAAAAAUUGCACUGGAUUGGCUUGGUGGGGAUAGAAUUGAAUACCGGCGUUUAGCUGCGGUUUUAAUUUUAAAAGAAAUGGCUGAGAAUGCUUCAACAGUUUUCAAUGUGCACGUUCCUGAGUUUGUGGAAGCUAUUUGGGUUGCUCUGAGAGAUCCAAAGUUGAAUAUUCGGGAGAGAGCUGUGGAGGCAUUGCGUGCCUGCCUUUGGGUCAUUGAGAAGCGUGAAACUCGAUGGCGUGUGCAGUGGUAUUAUCGUAUGUUUGAGGCUACACAAGAUGGUUUGGGAAGAAAUGCUCCUAUACAUUGCAUACAUGGUUCGCUGCUUGCAGUUGGGGAACUGCUGAGGAAUACAGGUGAGUUCAUGAUGUCUCGAUAUAGAGAAGUUGCUGAGAUUGUCCUUCGGUAUCUAGAGCAUCGUGAUCGGCUUGUCCGUCUCAGCAUAACUUCUUUGCUUCCUCGAAUUGCCUAUUUCCUACGGGACCGUUUUGUGAUGAACUAUCUGACGAUUUGCAUGAAGCACAUAUUUCAUGUUCUUAAAAUACCUGCGGAAGCUGCUAGCGGGUUCAUUGCUCUUGGGGAAAUGGCUGGUGCAUUGGAUGGUGAACUCAUCAAUUAUUUGCCGACAAUAACAUCUCACUUGCGUGAUGCUAUUGCUCCUCGUAGAGGGCAACCCUCUAUGGAGGCUUUGGCGUGCGUUGGGAAUCUUGCAAAAGCAAUGGGACCUUCUAUGGAGCCUCACGUACGAAAUCUUCUGGAUGUAAUGUUUUCCGUUGGAUUAUCCUCCACCUUAGUGGAAGCCCUUGAGCACAUAACUGCCAGCAUUCCAACCUUGCUUCCGACCAUUCAAGUACGCCUACUUGAUUGCAUUUCUGGAGUUUUUGCUCGAAACCAACAAGUUCAGUCAAGGCCUUCCAAUGGCAUUAGUCGGACUACUAGCUCAGCUGCUAUGUUUCAAGUAUCAGAACUCUGUGGUUCAGCUCUUGUUCAACUUGCUUUACAGACUCUUGCGCGAUUCAAUUUUAAGGUUGCAGCUUUUUUCACCUUGCGGUUUUUUUUUUUCCUUGUAUUAUGUGGUUGUGUUUUUAUUGUGGAAAAACUUCUCAUUGCAGCUGUUGCUGAUGCUGAUGCUGCGGUUCGACUAUCUAUAUUUUCUUCUUUGCAUGAGACUGGGGGAUUCGAUGAUUAUUUGGCACAGGCCGAUUGUUUGACAGCAGUUUUUGCUGCCUUAAAUGAUGAGGAUUUUGCAGUUCGGGAAAUUGCUAUAUCACAGGCUGGAAGACUAUCUGCAAAGAAUCCAGCAUAUGUUCUUCCAGCUCUUCGUCGCCAUCUUAUUCAAUUGUUAACUCACCUAAAACAAAGUGCUGAUAACAAAUGCAGAGAGGAAAGUGCGAAAUUGUUGGGAUGCUUAAUUCGUAAUUGUGAGAGAUUGAUACUCCCAUAUAUUUCUCCAAUACAAAAGGCCCUCAUUACAAAACUCAAUGAGGGAACUGGGGUGAGUGUCAAUAAUGGCAUUAUAACUGGAGUUCUGGUGACUGUUGGAGAUCUCACCAGAGUAGGUGGAUUUGCAAUGAGACAGUAUAUUCCAGAGUUGAUGCCCUUAAUUGUCGAAGCUUUAUUAGAUAGUGCAGCUGCCAUGAAACGUGAAGUGGCAGUUACCACUCUAGGUCAAGUGGUACAAAGCACGGGUUAUGUUAUCACCCCAUAUAAUGAGUAUCCUCAAUUGCUCGGGCUGCUUCUUAAAUUGCUUAAUGGCGAGUUGGCAUGGUCUACCAGACGUGAAGUUUUGAAGGUCCUUGGCAUAAUGGGUGCUUUAGAUCCCCACGUGCAUAAACGCAAUCAACUGACUUUACCAGGGUCCCAUGGAGAAGUUGCUCGUGCAGCUUGUGAUUCUAGUCAGCAUACCAGGUCAUCAAUGGAUGAAGUACCUGUGGAUCUUUGGCCAUCCUUCGCGACAUCAGAAGACUACUACUCCACUGUGGCUAUUAACUGUCUGAUGCGAAUUUUUAGAGAUUCUUCACUUUCAAGUUACCAUCAAAAGGUGGUCGGGUCUCUAAUAUUCAUUUUCAAGGCAAUGAAUCUGGGUUGUGUUCCUUACUUACCCAAGGUUCUGCCUGAACUUCUUCAUACUGUUCGUUCGUGCGAUGAUAAUAACCUUAAGGAGUAUAUUACAUGGAAACUUGGAACACUGAUUUCUAUUGUUCGCCAGCAUAUUCGGAAAUAUCUUCCAGAUUUGUUCUCUCUAAUAUCAGAGUUAUGGUCAUCAUUCAGUUUGCCUGCUGCUAACAGACCAGUCCAUGGAUCUCCGGUUCUCCAUCUGCUUGAGCAACUUUGCUUGGCUUUUAAUGACGAAUUUAGAACACAUCUCCCAUUUGUUCUUCCAUCCUGCAUUCAAGUACUAACUGAUGCUGAGAGGUUUAAAGACUACACUUAUGUUGUUGACAUUCUCCAUACUCUUGAAGUUUUUGGCGGAACAUUGGAUGAUCAUAUGCAUCUUCUUCUUCCUGCACUCGUUCCAAUCUUUAAGUUGGAUGCUUCUAUAGAAGUGCGGCGUGCUGCUAUUAGAACUCUUACUAAGUUGAUUCCCCGUGUACAGGUUUCGUGUCACAUAUCUGCUCUUGUACAUCACUUGAAGCUUGUCUUGGACGGGAAAAAUGAUGAGCUCAGAAAGGAUGCUGUUGAUGCACUUUGUUGUCUUGGUCAUGCCCUUGGGGAAGACUUCACUAUUUUCAUCCCUUCCAUCCAUAAGCUUUUGUCAAAACAUUGCAUGCGGCAUAAGGAUUUUGAAGAAAUUGAAGAUCGUAUCAGAAGAAGGGACCCAUUGAUCCUAGUGACGGUUGCUCAGGAACAAACUUGUCCAUUUCCUGGAGAAGUUAUUAGCGAUCCUUUGAAUGAUACAGAGGAUCCAGAGAGUAGAGUUGAUCCACACAAGCCUCAUAAGGUUAAUGAGGGCCGAAUACGUUCUGCAGGGGAAGCCGCUCAACGCAGUACGAGAGAGGAUUGGGCAGAGUGGAUGAGACAUUUUAGCAUUGAACUAUUGAAGGAAUCACCUGCACCUGCUCUGAGAACAUGUGCCAAGCUUGCCCAACUCCAACCUUUUGUUGGACGGGAGUUGUUCGCAGUUGGUUUUGUCAGUUGCUGGACAGAGCUGAACGAGCCUUGCCGAAGACAGCUAGUGCGCAGUUUGGAAAUGGCAUUUUCAUCUCCAAACAUUCCUCCUGAAAUUCUUGCCACACUUUUGAACUUGGCUGAGUUUAUGGAGCACGAUGAGAGACCCCUUCCCAUUGAUAUACGUCUCCUGGGUGCCCUUGCAGAAAAGUGUCGUGCAUUUGCAAAGGCUCUGCACUAUAAAGAGAUGGAAUUUGAAGGUGCAUGCUCAAAUAUGAUGGAUGGCAACCCUGUUGCUGUAGUUGAAGCUCUUAUUCAUAUCAAUAAUCAAUUGCACCAACACGAGGCGGCAGUUGGAAUAUUGACAUAUUCUCAACAACAUUUGAGUGUUCAACUGAAGGAAUCAUGGUAUGAGAAACUCCAGAGAUGGGAUGAUGCUCUUAAAGCCUACACUGUCAAAGCCUCUCAAGUAUCAAGCCGACAUCUUAUUCUGGAAGCAACACUAGGGCAAAUGAGAUGCCUUGCUGCACUGGCUAGAUGGGAAGAGCUCAACAAUCUCUGCAAGGAGUAUUGGGCACCUGCUGAACCAGCUGCUAGACUGGAAAUGGCCCCAAUGGCUGCUAGUGCUGCUUGGAACAUGGGUGAAUGGGAUCAGAUGGCAGAGUAUGUUUGCCGAUUGGAUGAUGGAGAUGAAAACAAGCUUGGAGUUUUGGGUAAUACUGCUGUUACAGUGGAUGGGAGCAGUAUUGGGACCUUCUUCAGGGCUGUCUUAUUAGUUCGUAGGGGAAAGUAUGAUGAGGCACGUGAAUAUGUUGAAAGAGCAAGGAAAUGCUUGUGUACAGAAGUGGCUGCCUUGGUUCUUGAAAGCUAUGAACGUGCAUACAGCAACAUGGUCCGCGUUCAGCAGCUAUCAGAAUUGGAGGAGGUCAUUGAUUACUGUACACUUCCGGCUGAAAACCCUGUUUCUGAAGGGCGUAGGGCCCUCAUCCGCAAUAUGUGGAGAGAACGAAUAAGAGGCGCAAAACGAAAAGUUGAG